UGACAACUGUGCGGCGCAUUCUAGCAGAUUCUAGAACUCAUUCUGGAGUGAAUAAAAUCGCGACGGCGUGAUCAAGCCAUUUUUGGUAUCUUUGUAUCGCUGCCGUAUAUUGCGAUUAAAAUGCCAAAACUCGACGAGCUGGAGCAGGACCUCGUGGAGCUGCGUGCUUUGGAGGCAAGUGCCCAACGCAGUCGGGUACAGCAGCUCCUGUCCAUUGAGGUUCGCAAGCUUGAGACAGAACUGAUCCGCGAGCGGGAGCGGCUAGAAGCUGUCGCAGCUCCCUGUGCAGAAGCCAGGCAUGCCACCUCGCAGCAGUCGCGCAACACCACUUUCACAACCAAGAUCAAAGACUAUGCUUGGGACCAGUCGGACAAGUUUGUCAAGCUGUAUAUAACGUUGCCCGGAGUGCAUGAACUGCCCCCAGAGAGCAUCAAAUCUAUAUUUGGCACACGGCGGUUAGAACUUGAGGUCAGUGCUUUGGCCGGUCGGAAUCAUCAGCUGCUCAUCACCAGCCUCAUGAAUGACAUUGUUCCUGACUCCAGCUACCACAAGGUGAAGACCGACAUGGUGGUAGUGUUCCUUCGAAAGACAUCUGCGGACAAGUGGUCGGACAUCAAUGAACUCGAGAAAAAGGCAAAGGAACCAAAGGCUCCAAAGCCGGAUUUAGUGGAUGGCAGCGACCCGGGCUCAUCGUUGAUGAACAUGAUGAAGCAGUUGUACGACGAAGGCGAUGACGAAAUGAAGCGCACAAUAGCAAAAGCCUGGACAGAAGCACGGGAAAAGCAGCAGGAAAAUGGGGAUGGACUUUAGACCUCAUCAUUGGAAUGAAGCGCACAAUAGCAAAAGCCUGGACAGAAGCACGGGAAAAGCGGCAGGAAAAUGGGGAUGGCCUUUAGAUGUCCACACUGUGGCAGGGGUCCCACUGUUGUGGAGGAAGUGAAGCAGCUAUGUCUGGCGCUGAAAGAACGGUGCAUUCCAGACUAGCUGGUCAAACUAGACUGUGCCAUUCCUUGAGCCAUUGAGCAAUGUGCCGCCCAGAUUAGGCAAGCAUUCACUAUAAGCAGUUGCAAUCCCCAUAUAAAUUGGUUCUGUUAAUGACGUGAAGCCUCGCAUGAGCGCAUUCAAAGGCAUGUGUACUGCCUACUUGAGGAGCCACAGUGUCCAGCGAGCAAGCAUUGUGAACUGGAGGGAUCCCCUAUAGUUGGCAGUGGCACUUCGCUCAAAGCUGAUGUGGCAAUAGGCGGCUUUUUGUGAAGAGUGUUUCGGGUGUGGUUCUCAAAACUGGAGCUGUCCUUCAAUGUGCUUGGAGUGAAAAAAUGUUCAUAAUAAAUGUACAUAAACUUUCA